AUGCCGCCGGCAGGAAAGAGCCAAGAACCCCCUGCACGAGCGUCCCCGGGCCGUGCCCAGGGCCGGCUACCUGGCCUGCCGUCGCCAGCGCUGUGCUGCGCCUGCGGUCUGUGCGUGCUGCUGGCAGGCGUGAAUGUGACGCUGGUGGGUGCCUUCGCCUCCUCCGUGUCCGGGCACAACGUGCCGCUGGUCGUGGGACCCGCGCUGCUGGUGUUGGCAUUUGGCUUUUUCGCUGCCUGCUGCGCGUGUAGCCGCCGCGGCCCCGCGGCCCGCCCGCGCUCGGCGGCGGCCAAGGACCAGGGCCACGGCGGCGGUGGCGCCGGGCCCGUGGCGCUGGAGAUGGAGAGCAGCGAGCGCACGGCGCAGGACACCACCGCGGUGCAGCUCAGCCCCGCCGCCUCGGCCGCGUCCUCCGGCCGCUCCAGCCCCGGCCCCGGCCCCUUCGCCCUAGACGCCCCCAUGCCUGCAGCCACCUACACGCCGCGUACCGACACUGUGCGGCUCAACCUGCCCCGGGAGCACGCCGCCCCCUAG